GUCCCUUCUAAUAAAAACUCUCCCACCACAUCAGCGCCGCGACCGCGACCCCACCUCCCGGAUCUCAUCUGCGACGACCUCCCCGCCUCUCCCUCCCGAUCCCGCCACCGCCCCCGCCGCGCGCCACCCCCGACCAAGCUCUCGUCUCCGGGGAGCGAGCCGGAGCAGGCGGCGGCGAAGAUGUACGGGUGGGAGAUGCUGUCGUUCAACAUCCACGACGGGUUCCUGGAGGCCAUCGUGCGGGGGAACCGCUCGGGCCUCCUCACCGCCGCCGACUACAACAACCUCUGCCAGUGCGAGACCCUCGACGACAUCAAGAUGCACCUCACCGCCACCGAGUACGGGCCCUACCUCCAGAACGAGCCUUCUCCCCUGCACACAACAACAAUUGUGGAAAAGUGCACUCUUAAACUGGUUGAUGAGUACAAGCACAUGCUGUGCCAGGCGACUGAACCACUAUCUACAUUCUUGCAGUAUAUAACGUACGGGCAUAUGAUUGAUAAUGUUGUCCUUAUUGUAACUGGGACAUUGCAUGAGAGAGAUGUUAAUGAACUGUUGGAGAAAUGCCACCCAUUGGGCAUGUUUGACAGCAUUGCAUCACUUGCUGUUGCUCAAAACAUGCGUGAGCUUUAUAGAUUGGUUCUAGUCGAUACACCCUUGGCUCCUUACUUCUCAGAGUGCAUUACAUCUGAGGAUCUGGAUGACAUGAAUAUCGAGAUUAUGAGGAACACUCUGUACAAAGCAUAUCUUGAGGAUUUUUACAAGUUUUGCCAGAAACUAGGUGGUGCUACAGCUGAGAUUAUGUGUGAUAUCCUUUCAUUUGAAGCCGACAGAAGAGCUGUUAACAUUACAAUAAACAGUAUUGGGACUGAGUUGACAAGAGAUGACCGCAGGAAGCUGUACUCCAACUUUGGUCUAUUGUAUCCAUAUGGUCAUGAGGAACUGGCUGUCUGUGAAGAUGUUGACCAGGUGCGUGGUGCAAUGGAGAAGUAUCCACCAUACCAGUCUAUUUUUUCCAGGAUUUCAUAUGGAGAAAGCCAGAUGUUGGAUAAGGCCUUCUAUGAGGAGGAAGUGCGAAGGCUAUGCUUGUCCUUUGAGCAGCAGUUCCACUACGGUGUCUUCUUCGCUUACAUCAGGCUACGCGAGCAGGAGAUAAGGAACCUGAUGUGGAUCUCUGAAUGUGUCGCUCAGAACCAGAAGGCCAGGGUCCAUGACAGUGUUGUGUUCAUCUUCUGAGCACCCACACGGCACUACAUAUGUUGUACAAAAUGCCUAUUUUGAUGAUGGCACAAUCACUUGCACUCAUUAUAAACCUGGGACUUAUUAUUAUGCCCAUUCCCUCUUGUUCGAUGGAUGCGGCAGGAGUCCAGACCUGGAGUCAAUGUAUUAUUUGUUUUGUAGUCAAAUAAAGGCGUGGUUAUCUGGUACACCGAAUAAAAUCCUGUCUAUUCUUUAGAAUAAGUGAAAUCUUGUGUAUUUUGGGACAGAGUUUACUGGCAAUGUGCAGUUUGCUUUCAAUCUUUUGUA